UCAGAAACUGAUCCUCAGAUUUUUGUGAAUUGGAAGUCGAAUGAUGGCAGGAAAUGGAGAUGAUGAUAUCGAUUCGCUAUUUGAGGGGAUGGUCCUAUUUAAUCCUUCCCAAAUUCAAGAAGACCCCAGCCCAGAUGAUCAACAACACGAUCGUACUGAUGACAGUCUUCAACAUCGUCAAGAUGAUCUUCCUACGACAUCUGCUGUCGCACCGUCACCUUCUUCGCAGCCCCUCGAUGAAAAUCUCUUCUCCGACCUCACACUUGUCACUUCCCUCCCAAAUUCUCAAGGAGCUGAACUUGAGCUUCCCCUCCAUUCAGAAUCCCAUCAACCAUCCGCAGGCACAAAUGAAUCUGUACUUGGCGCUGAUGCCGCCGGUGCUUCGGCCGCCACAACAACUACCACGAGACAGAGUUCCAGAAAGAAAAAGCGAGCCGGCUUGAGGAUAGGAUAUGGUAGAGACACCGUUUCUGACGAUCUGCCUCAUCUUCCUUCUCCGCCAGUUGAACAUCCUAUUCCGAUUUCUAGUCACAUCGGUUCUGAAACCCCUGAUGUCUUGCAAAACGCCUAUUCCUUGCCUGAUGUGGAUGCCCUUGCGUCCCAUCCCCCAGAGAUCACCUCGGAUGCUGUUGUUAUCCCACCAGCCGAUGAAUCUUCUCAUGAUAAUUCCAAAUCUGAGAUUAAUCCUAAUCAGAAAGAAGAAGAAACUUCUCCGGGAAGUAAAACUUCUCAUGAUUCUUUGUCUGAGUCAGAGUUUCGACAGAUCAAGGCGCGGAUAGAUGAGAAGCUUAACAGUGCCCAUCAACUGGUAGCCUCUGUUUCUGCUGUCCGGAAGGAUUCGAUCAGGAAUAGAAGAAAAGCCUUUGAGAAUGCGAAUCUUGCUUCUGUUAAGUACAUGGAACUUGAAAUGCAGUUGGAAGAAGCCUGUGAAGCCGAAGAUUUUGAAAGGGCUGAAAGGGUCAGCCAAGACCUUUCGGCUGCUGAGAAGGAGAAACAAGCUUGCAUGAAUUCAUUGAGGGAGGCAGAUGCGUUGAUCGAUUCUGUAGAUUUUAAGAUGCAGCAGGCACUUGACUCCCAAAUUGCUACUGAGGAAGAAUGUGCAAUCUUACUGGAGCAGUUUGCAAAGAAUGCUGCAGAUAAGGCGGAUCUCACCUUGAGAGAAGCAGCCUCAAUGCAUUCAAUAGAAAUGGACAAGUGGCUUUCAUCUUCUGAAUCCUUGGAGGUCAGAAAGAUGGAACUGGAGAUCGAGUCACAAUUUAUGAGUGAAGCUCGGGUGGAGUUGAAUAACACUAUUGAGCAUUGUAUCCUGGAUGAUAAAAGAGAAAAAGAGAACCUUUGUAAAAGAAAGGACAUCUUAAUGGAUGAGCUGGAAAAGCUACUUGCUCUAGUCAAACAAAAAGAAAUGGAAAUUGCACAAAAUGACUCUCAUAUCGAAGCUGUAGAAGAGAAAAUAUCUAAUGUGGUUUCUGGAUUUCAGGAGAUUCAGUCAAGCAUUGAUGUUAAGUAUGAUAACUUGCAAUCUGUCCUUGCUCAAGUGAGCUCAGAGACUGAAACUUUGUCUCUAAAGAAGCAGCAAAUUGAUGAAUUUCUGAGUCAGGAAGAAGGGACAGGAGCAAAGCUGAUGGAACUUGCUAAGACUUCUGAGGAAGAAGCAAAAGGAUACCGUGAAGUAGUUGGUGCAAGAAAAAGCCUCAUGUCAUCUAUAUUGAAAUCCAGGGAGGAAAAAGUGGCGCUUGCAAACAAUGAAGAAAAGCUUUCUGAAGAUGUCAAAUUGCUCCAAGAGGAUGUUUCUGCUGCCCGAGCUUCCUUGCAGGAACUAUCUUCAAGAAAAUCAGGCAUUCAGCAAGAUAUAGCAUCUUUAAAGCAGAGGAUUAUUUUCAUAGGUAAAAGAGUCCCAGAACUCGAAGCAGAGAAGAAAGUUGCUACUGCUGCUAGAAAUUUCAAGGAGGCUGCACGGAUAGCUAGUGAGGCCAAGUCACUGUGUGUUGAAAAAGAUGGCAUGCAGAUAAACAUGGACACAAGCAGUUCAAAUCUUGAGAAGGUUGAGGAAGAAAUCAAAACUACCCUUAAACAAUUGCAAGAGAGCGAGGAAAUGAUUCUAUUGAAGGAAAAGGAAUUAGCAAUGGCCAGAUUUCAGAGGCUACUUUUGACAGCUGGUACUGCCAGAGCAGAAAAAGCCGCCGCAUUGGAGAUGGGUGAUGAGGAAGAAGCUAAUCUCCUGCUCGCAGAAGCCGAAGCUGCAGACUGUGAAGCUGAGAAACUUCAAUCAACAUACAAUAUCAAGGCUGAAGAUUUCACAAACUUAAAAAAUCAUUUCAUUUCAAUUGAUCUCGUGUCUCAUCUUGGCGCAAAACAGUUGGCAGAAUUAGCAGCAUCACAUCACUAAUUUUCUGGUUGAUUUUUCAGAUUACAGUGGAUUUUGUGAUAUUCAAUGGACAAUUUUAUGGAAGAAGAUAAGAAUUCUGAUGGCUAUAUGGUGCUGGAAGUCCUGAUACGUGUCUCAAGUCUUCCAUUGGAGCGCUAUAGAGACACUGUUUUCUUGUUUCCCUGCAUUCAUAUGAUUGCCAGAUCAGAAGAUUAUCCAAAGCUGUGCUUCUUCUCUAACUUCCGAGCUGUUCUGCCCCUACCAGUGAAAGAACAGAGAUCAACCACAACAGACAUGACAGAGUUUUAUUUAUAAGGUUGCCACUAUGCUUCAAGAUUUAUGUUGGGAAUAUGUGCUGUUACAAUUGAUGAUAUUGAUGGGCUGCAUUGGCAGAUCAUCUAUAUCGAGGGCCCACCUAGGUUCUGAUGACAGUGGCAGCAUCUUUGGUGUUGUUUUCUCCUCCCUAAAGAGGCUUUAUCUUUGGCUGUUUGAGACAUCCAUCAUAUGCCUUGUGUUUUGAAGUCUCUGAAAAUUAGGUCCUCUGACUCUAAA